CAUUAAACCAAACUCACCAUCCACCCUACACUUACUCUGCAACUCUCUUUCUCUAUCUACCCCCUCCUCUCUCUCUCUAUACAUUAUAUAUACAUAGCAUUACAUACAUAUAUAUAUAUAUAUAUAUAGUAAUAUUACAUAUUUGUUUCUCUCAAAAGAAACAAUAAAGAAGAGCAAGAAAAAGAAGACAAGACACAACUCUGUCAUUCUGUCUCUAUACUUCCUCUGUUCGUUUUCUCUGUGUACAGAGAAAAAUUCGAAAAAUUGACAAAAAAGACAAAAAAGCAUACAAUUUGAAUUUGAAAAACAUGUUGAGAAUCAAUAUGUUACUUUUGAUGCUCUUUUUUUCAUUGGUUUGUUCUUCGGUCACAGCCUCUGUGUCUUACGACGACAGAGCCAUUCUCAUCAAUGGAAAAAGAAGGAUUCUCAUUUCUGGCUCCAUUCACUACCCUAGAAGCACUCCUGAGAUGUGGCCUGAUCUUAUACGAAAGGCCAAAGAUGGAGGCUUGGAUGUAAUUCAGACCUAUGUCUUUUGGAAUGGACAUGAACCUUCUCCUGGGAAAUAUUAUUUUGAGGGGAGGUAUGAUUUGGUUCGGUUCAUCAAGGUAGUACAGCAAGCAGGCCUCUAUGUUCAUCUCCGGAUUGGUCCCUAUGUCUGUGCUGAAUGGAACUUUGGAGGAUUUCCUGUUUGGCUUAAAUAUGUUCCGGGUAUUUCUUUCCGAACAGAUAAUGAGCCUUUCAAGAGAGCAAUGCAAGGAUUUACUGCGAAAAUUGUCAGCUUGAUGAAGUCAGAAAAGUUGUUUGAAACUCAAGGAGGACCAAUAAUUAUGUCACAGAUAGAGAAUGAGUAUGGACCAGUGGAGUGGGAAAUUGGUGCUCCUGGCAGAGCUUAUACGCAAUGGGUUGCGAAAAUGGCUGUCGGACUUGACACUGGUGUCCCAUGGAUUAUGUGCAAACAAGAGGAUGCCCCUGAUCCAAUUAUUGACACUUGCAAUGGUUUCUACUGUGAAGGCUUCAAACCAAACAAAGACUAUAAACCCAAAAUGUUUACCGAAAACUGGACUGGCUGGUACACCGCGUUUGGUGGUCCAGUUCCUUACAGGCCAGUAGAAGACCUGGCAUAUUCAGUUGCAAGGUUUAUACAGAAUAAUGGUUCAUUCAUGAAUUAUUAUAUGUACCAUGGAGGAACAAAUUUUGGUAGGACUGCUGGUGGUCUCUUCAUUGCUACUAGCUACGAUUAUGAUGCUCCAAUUGAUGAAUAUGGAUUACUGAGGGAACCGAAGUGGUCACAUCUCAGAGAUCUGCAUAAAGCCAUCAAGCUAUGUGAACCGGCUUUAGUUUCGACAUAUCCAGCAGUGACCUAUUACAGCAAGAAUCUGGAGGCUCAUGUGUACGAGUCAAAGUCCGGUUGUGCUGCCUUUCUUGCAAACUAUGACCCAUCAACUUCAGCGAAGGUGACCUUUCGAAAUAUGCAAUAUGACCUGCCUCCUUGGUCUGUCAGCAUCCUCCCUGACUGCAAGAAUGUAGUUUUCAACACUGCCAGGGUUAGCAGCAAUGGCUGGCAUAUGAAGAUGACACCUGUGGGGUCAUUCUCUUGGCAGUCGUAUAAUGAAGAAACUGUCUCUGCUGAUGACCAAGAUACACUCGCAAUGGAUGGGCUGUGGGAGCAAAUAAAUGUCACUAGAGAUGCUUCGGACUAUUUGUGGUACCUGACCGAUGUGAAUAUACAACCUAAUGAAGGAUUUCUAAAGAAUGGACAGAAUCCUACUCUGACUGUUAUGUCAGCAGGGCACGCUUUGCAUGUUUUCAUCAACGGUCAACUAUCAGGAACUGUUUGGGGUGGAUUAGAUAAUCCAAAACUAACAUAUAGUAAUGGAGUGAAUUUAAGAGCUGGUGUUAACAAGAUUUCUUUACUAAGUGUUGCCGUUGGUCUUCCGAAUGUCGGCGUGCAUUUUGAGACAUUUAAUGCUGGGGUUCUUGGCCCAGUCACCUUAAAGGGUCUCGAUGAGGGGACAAGAGAUUUGACAAAGCAACAAUGGUCCUAUAAGGUUGGACUGAAAGGCGAAGAUUUAAGUCUUCACACAGUCAGUGGAAGUUCCUCUGUUGAGUGGGUACAGGGAUCAAUGGUGGUUCAAAAGCAGCCCCUGACAUGGUACAAGACUACUUUCAAUGCACCAGCAGGAAAUGAACCAUUAGCUUUAGAUAUGAAUAGCAUGGGAAAAGGUCUAGUAUGGAUAAAUGGUGAAAACAUCGGACGCCACUGGGCUGGAUAUAAAGCACAUGGUAACUGCGGUAACUGUAACUAUGCUGGAAUUUUCACUGAGAAGAAAUGCCUUAGCAACUGUGGACAGGCCUCUCAAAGAUGGUACCAUGUUCCACGUUCUUGGAUCAACCCAACUGGAAAUUUGUUGGUUGUGUUUGAAGAAUGGGGUGGUGAUCCGACUGGGAUGUCUUUGGUCAAAAGAACUCCUUGAUAGAAUCUGUCUGCUACUAUCGAUUAUAUGGCUUUAUACUUCUUAGUCUUUUAGAUGAUUCGAAAGCUUAGUCAUCCAAGGUUGCAAAGCUAUUUUGUUGGUUCGAUUAGGGGUUCAACUGUAGUCAUAUUACGAAUACCUAUGGCCAACUAUAGAAUAUGAUUGAUCUUAUAAGUUUCAUCAUGUAUAUAAAAAAGCUUCCACCUAGCAGUGAAGUACCCAAUGCUAUGUAAAAGUUGAAGGGGCUUCCAACUAUAUGCGAAGGCUUCAGUUUAUUGAAGUUCAUAGGGUAAAGCAUUAAGCUUGCGGGAGAAUAAGUCUUCUUAUGUAGCUGUCUUAGUAGCAGAAGCAGUUGCAUAGCUUUCUUUGUAAGAAAUAUUAAUAAAGUUGCCUUACAGAGAGCAUUUGGAUUGCCUA